AUGACCAGUCCCAACUUCUGUUUUCCCGUGCGGGAGCUAGAGAAUGAUGCCGUGAAACUCACUCCAUUCGAUCCAACCAAACAUGCAGGCCCCUACUUCCAUGGCUCUGUCAACCACCCAGAGCUCUACCAAUACAUGUCCAUAGGGCCCUUUGCAAGCGAGGAAGAAUUUAUCUCGCGCUUCAUCAACGACUUCGUAAACCAGCAGUCAUCAGUGCAGUGUUUCGCCGUGAUCGACAAACGAAAACCGGCCUCUGUCGCGGACCCAGACGGCGAGGUCGCCGGCAUGGUCUCCUACAUGAGUGCCUCAGCAGUCCAUCUAUCUGCCGAAGUCGGGUACAUAAUCAUCCUCCCUCCGUACCAGCGGACGCACGUCACCACCCAUGCCGUCGGGCUGUUACUGCACUAUGCGAUGGAUAGUCCCGAGCAAGGAGGCCUGGGUCUUCGACGGAUGCAGUGGCUUGCGGAUCCCCCGAACAAGGCCUCUUUGGCGGCGGCUCAGCGCAUGGGGUUCCAGCAAGAGGGGAUCUUGCGAUGGAAUCGGGUGGUUCCUGACGCGGAGGCGCGGGGGAAAGUACAUAAUGGACGAAAUGGACCGGUGUAUGGCGAGCAGCAGGAUCGGGGCCGGGAUACGGUUUAUCUCUCGCUUUGCUGGGAUGACUGGACUGAGGGGAAGCGGGAAGUCGUGGAUGCGUUGAUGUCGAGGUAG